UUAUCAGUGUGGAAAAGCGGGUUUGAAUUAAAAUGAAAAGAAAACAGCAGGCUGGUCGUACAAAUCCAACCAUUAUAAUCUAACAUGGUGGGAAAAAAGUUAGCCAGUUGGUUCUGUUGGGGAAUAAUCAUAAGCAAUGUUGUGAAAAGCUAGCUAAUCCUGAUUGCUGGGGGGGGGGAAUUGCUUGUUUUCUGGAGAAAAAAUGGCAGCCAUGACUGGAGGAGAAGCAGUGGGCAGCAACAGCUUGAGCUGGGUUUUAAUGGUUGCAGGUGUUGUGAGUGUUUUGUCAAUGUCGAUUUUGAUCUGUGCUACUCACUCCCGAAAGCGCCCACAGCAGAAGUUUGAAGGCAAAGAGGAGACAGUCAAUAAGGAUGAUUCAUCCUCCAUUGAUAUGAAUGGUUUAAGCUUUACACAGAAAUCUUUUGGAGGGUUUCUGAGUAAUGUGAGCUUCAGCAAGAGGGCAAAGAAGCCGCAGGCUGCAGAGGUGGAGGAGAAGGAGAAGGAAAAGGAGGAGGAGAGUGGUGGGAAUUUGAUUUGGCAGAGAUCAAUCAUGAUGGGUGAAAAAUGUAGGCCACCCAAUUUUUCUGGGGCUAUUAUAUAUGAUGACAAGGGUAAUCUGUUGCCCCAUUUUCCUCCCAGAUCUUCCAGCUCAAAUCCUCCCACAGCUGCUCUUAAUCAGCCGCCAUCCGCUUGAUUUGUGGCCACAUGGAGUCUGGGAAUUUGGAAGCCCAGCGAUUGAAAGGUGAAGGGUAUUGCAAUUUUUUGGGAAAUGGGUUAUUUGUAUGCAGACUGAAAAGGGCUUCUUGUAAGAGUGUUUCAGUCCUUUUUUAUUUGUGGGUAUUCAUCUUUUUCUUGCUUUUGAGAAUUGUGAUCCUGAUGUUUGUUGUGAAAAAUAGGGAUACAAUAUGUAAUCAAAUGAAAGGUUGUUUUUCUUGA